UUCUGACCUUUAGAUUAAUUUUGUUGUCUCAACCCUCUGUCUGGUCUUGCAGGUGCUGGGGCUCGCUGUGAUUGGCUGACGCUCUCUACCUGCGACCUAUCAGAGGGCGCAUCUGUCCCACUUCCUAUCUGAUGUCAGCUGUGGGUGUCUGUGUACUUCCUGGUUCGAUUCUACUUUUGUCAACAAAGCGGCGGCAGACUUCAGCUAACGCUACGUAUAUCUGGAAAGCCCCAGUUCCACUCCGGUACCGGUCCAAAACUCGCCUCUUUCCGCGUUUCUUUCUUUCCAGCCGACUGUGUUCAGAAGUAAGAUGACUUUUUACAGAGUUUUCUCGGCAGUUCUCGUCCCGGUAUGCUGGGUGUUCGUGUCCGCGGUGAAUAAUGAUGUGUCCGUAGCUGUGGGCACCACGGCGGGACACAAACCCGCCGUGACCAACUCCACCGGGCAGAACUCCACGCCGCCGGUGGACCGCAAAUCGCCGUUCGACGUGGACAGCUCCAUGAUCCAGAGGGCUCUGUACGUCCUCAUCGGCAUCAGCAUGAUCGGAGUCCUCUACUUCCUCAUCCGAGCCGUGAGGCUGAAGAAACCUGCUCAGAGGAAGAAGUACGGCCUGCUGUCGAACUACGACGACUCCGUGGAGAUGGAGGGGGUGGAGAAUGACGAGGACGACACGCUGUACGAAGCUCGCAGCCUCCGCAGAUGAGUCCUGUUCUUCACCCUCUGAUGGAUCAGACUCAAGUGGCUGAUACUGAUUAUCGAUUUUGGGGAGAAAGCACUGACCAAGGACUGCUGGAGGUUGAAAAAAUGGACCGAGUAUUCGUUGAAAAUAAAUGCCAAAGCUCAGAGCUGCUCAAGAAACCAGAGCAGGAUAAUACUGUUUUUUUGUUGGUUUUUUUUAAUGUGGUGUUGGAUGGUAGAGUUGACUUUUCCGUGGAUCCUUAUGAGGCCAAACAUUCCCUAUCUUUUCAUUAUUAUUAUUAUUUCAGUCUUUUUCUAAAAAUUUCCUCUGUUGUAUUUUUUGGCUUUGAGCUUUUUCUGCUCCAACUCCGUGCUUUAAACUACUGUAAACUGUCUGCAGAUCAGCCGGACAACCUGCACACUCCAGUUCACACAGUCAGAUCAAUGUGUGAUUGAUCAGUAUUGAUCUCAGACUCUGACCCUCCAACCUGCAGAUAUACGAGUUGUUGGGAAACCCUCGCGGUAUUGAGUUUCAUUUCUGGCGUGUUUAAGCUAAACAGAAACUUUUUCUAUAAAUCUAUGAUUCCUAAUAAUUGUGGAGGCUCUGUGGCUUUUGCUCUAGCAGCACAGUGAGGUUCAUAUUUGUACACAAGAAUAUUAAACUCUAAUUUUCUAAAUUAAAUGCCCUUUUUAUUGUC